ACCUCCGGUGGGAACGUAAUUUCCGGCACAAUAACGGAAGCUUGUACAUUUCUCGUGAGGACAAACUAGCAAGCUUCGCGGACGUUAACUGGUUUGGUGCAACUGCUGUUCUACAGGAGGAUGAGCAGCUCAGAGGAGGUGUCAUGGAUCUCCUGGUUCUGUGGACUCAGAGGAAAUGAAUACUUCUGUGAGGUGGAUGAAGACUACAUACAGGACAAGUUUAACCUGACCGGUCUGAAUGAGCAGGUGCCUCACUAUCGCCAGGCUUUGGAUAUGAUCCUCGACCUGGAACCAGAUGAAGAGCUUGAAGAUAACCAGAACCAGAGCGAUUUGAUUGAGCAGGCUGCAGAGAUGCUUUACGGUCUUAUACACGCACGCUACAUCCUCACAAACAGAGGCAUUGCACAGAUGUUGGAAAAAUAUCAGCAGGGAGAUUUUGGUUAUUGCCCCAGAGUUUAUUGUGAAAAUCAGCCGAUGCUUCCUAUUGGCCUGUCAGACAUCCCUGGGGAAGCCAUGGUGAAGCUUUAUUGCCCUAAGUGUAUGGAUGUUUACACCCCCAAGUCCUCCAGACACCACCACACAGAUGGAGCCUACUUCGGCACGGGGUUCCCUCACAUGCUGUUCAUGGUUCACCCCGAGUAUCGGUCGAAGCGACCAGCCAACCAGUUUGUGCCAAGGCUCUAUGGUUUCAAAAUUCACCCGAUGGCUUACCAACUCCAGCUUCAGGCCGCAUCAACCUUCAAAAGCCCGGUCAAGACGAUUCGCUAAAACUCUACUUUGAGAAGACUGCACACUCAUGGACCUUGUUUACAGCAGCACACUAUAUAUCCCCAGUAAAUGUUUGUACAGCUGCCCAGACCCACCUGUGCUGAUACUUUUGGAACUAGAAUUCAGGUCCCAGUUGUCAAAGUUGCUCUUUCUUCUUGUGGAACUCCCAACUUUUCUUUCUGAGAAGAUGUCGGUGCAUUUUUUUUAUUUUAUUUUGAUGAAUGGUACAAAAAUAAAUUCUUCCAGCUGCA